AUGUCUUCCCCCCAUUGGAUGGCUUCUUCUCCUCCACCACCAGUUCCUGCUGCGGAGGAGGCCUCAGAUCCAAUGGCUAAGCCGACUCUGCAACUUUCAUCUUUACCACCCAUAUUUGUCUCGGAAUCUCAUCUGGACACCUGCGAGCUACAUGAACUGGAAGAUGAUGUCGUUGAAGCUGGAGGCUUGCUUUCUACGACCUAA